AUGGGGCGUUUGGCGAGGGGUUCGAGGGGCCAUUUGAUGCUCCUGAUGCUCGUCAGCCCGGUGUUGGAGUGCAGGUGGAAGGUUCGGGAGCGUGCGGGUCGGUUGGGUCUGCAGGUCGUGAUGACUCUCGGAUCGCCUGUCUCAGAGAAGCUGAGUGCGGAGCACCAGGCUGGUGAAGAGCUAGAGUACAGUUUGUUGCCAGAUGCUGAGGUUCUGUGCACGCAUACGGUGCCGUUGGUUGAAGUAGAGCGGUACUAUGAUCUUUGGAAGGAGACUCUCGAAAAGGAGCUGCAUUCGAUGAUCGAUGACAAGCAGGCUCUCAGAGUGAUUUCGGAGGCAGAGCUGACCAAGUACCAAGAAGCCGGAACGCAUGCCAUGAUCAUCCCAAGUAAGCUGGUGUGUACCACAAAAAGCGGCGGUAGAUUCAAGGCCCGGUUGGUGGCUUGUGGCAACUACGUUGAUCUUAGUGGCAAGGACGGCGAAAGUCGGAGUGCAAGCGUGGAUCUGUAUGCCGGCGGAAUUGACGCAGCGGUACUGAGACAGGUGUUGGCACUCGCAGUCAAGAAGAGGUGGUCAGCCGGAUCCACUGACGUGUCUACAGCAUUUUUAAAUGCUGAGCUUCGCCAGAGCCCGCUCACCAAGCCGGCGCCUCUCUCUCAGCAAGUUCCGUCAGAAAUUGUUGUGCUCCGCCCACCCUCGCUGUUGGUCAAGCAUGGCUUGGUGCCUCCACGCAGCUUUACGCUUGUCUUGCGGGCUGUCUACGGCCUGGACCAAUCUCCGCGUGACUGGGGCAUACGCCGCGACAAGGAUCUGCGCACUGUUCGGUUGAUGCUUGGCAACCGUGAAUGUCGGUUGGUGAUGUCGGCUGUUGACAACAAUCUGUGGUUCUUGACUACUGGCUGCAAGUCGGACCCUGUGAUGGCUUGUUUGAUGGUGUACGUUGAUGAUCUUCUUGCUACGGGACCGUUGGCCGUUAUUCGGCCACUGCUUGCUGAGAUCUCCAAGCUUUGGCAAUGUGGCGCGGUAUCUUUUCUACCUGAGAACACGUCUGAGGCGCCCCUGGUGUUCUUUGGGUAUGAAAUCAGGCGAGUUGGUCGGAGCUUUCAUCUCAGCCAGCGAGACUACGUAACGGAGCUUGCUACAAUGUACAAGGCGAUGUCCAAGAAUGCAGCUGCAGUUAGGUCGCAGCGCUUCGUGAUCGAGGAAAUCGAGGGUUGCAAGGUAGACGUGCGGAUCCUUAACGACAAUCUCGCGGCUACCACGAUAUGCAAUGCUCAGUCCACCAAUUGGCGGACUCGCCAUCUGCGGAUUCGUGCAGCACAUUUGCGGCAGCAGAUCAGCGCUGGUGAAUGUUCAGUAUCUCACGUUGCAGGUGAAUGCAACACCGCAGAUUUAGGAACUAAGGCACUCCAGCCAUCGCGGUUCGAAAGGCUCCGGGCCAUGAUGGGAGUCUUGAGUUUCUCUGAGGUCACUGCUCGCGAACGCACCAGCUCUGCGGUUGUCUCGUCAGGUCCACCGGUAGAGGAAGCUCUCAGGGUCGUUGUCGCUGCACUUUGCGUGGCAUCAGCAAAGGGUCAACCGUUGAGUGAUGGUUCUGAUGACUUUGUCUUCUGGAGAGUUGUGUUGCUUUGGAGCGUGUUUGUGAUCGUUGCCUGGGAGAUGUUCAGGUGGGGCUGCCGAGUGUGUUACCGGAAACUCGCAAGCUGGGAUAUGCCUGAACCAGACCCAGAAGCCUCCGAAUCUGAAAGGGAGCAGGAGCCUGAUAAAGAGGAUCUCCUUGAAGAAGCUGACAGGCCCCAGCGUGACGCUGAGCCUCGUGAUGAAGAUCCUGGUGUAAUGCCCUUUCGGUACAUUGACGUUGUAGCGAUGUCAUCUGGCAGCACCAAAUGGUAA